CUGCACGUAGUGCGAAGCCCCAUCGUCACGCACCGCCACGUUCGGGGAGGCUGCGAAUCUACUUAUGCAGCUCCACCGGCUCUCUCUCCGACAGAAAACAAUAGCCAUGUCUGCGGCGGUGUUUAGACUCCUCGGAGAGCGCUCCCUGCAGCGUGCACCUACGGCCGGAGCCCUGCGGAUUGCGGCACCGGCAGCGACCGCGCGAUCCCUGCACGUCGGAGAGCCAAGCAGAGUAGCCGACAAGAGCUACAAGUUCGUGGUGUGCGGGGCGGGACCUGGAGGGCUGGCCGUCGCCUCUUCCCUCGGCCGUAGGUUCGGGGAAAAGUCAAUCGCCAUCAUCGAGCCCGCUGACUACCACUACUAUCAGCCAAUGUGGACUCUGGUAGGCUGUGGAAUCAAGACCCUGGAAGACUCUCGCAGGAAGAUGGCAGACUUCAUGCCACCCCAAGCCGACUGGUUACAAACCAGCGUGACUGGUUUUCGACCAAACGAGAACAUUGUAGAGACGGCCGACGGCUCCACUGUCAAAUACGACUAUCUCAUUGUUGCUGUGGGGUUACAAAUUGACUACGGAAAGAUUAAGGGGCUACCGGAGGCGCUGGAGGACCCCAACUCCAUGGUUUCGACAAACUACUCGUCUCUCUAUGCCCCCAAGACCUUUGAGAACGUCAGGAGGUUCAAAGGUGGCCACGCCCUCUUCACCUUCCCCACCAUACCAAUCAAGUGUCCCGGAGCUCCGCAGAAGAUCAUGUACCUUGCCGAAGACUACUGGAGAAGGAACGGAAUGAAGGAGAACACAAAAAUCUCGUUCAACACUACUCUGGGCGUCAUUUUUCCCGUGAAGAAGUAUGCUGAUGUUCUGCAGGGCAUCGUGAAGGAAAGGGGAAUUACAGUGAACUACCAGCACAAGCUGCUAGAGGUACUCGGAGACAAGAGAGAGGCAGUUUUCGAGCUACUGGCAGAAGACAAACAGGGGGAGACAAUCACUGUCCCGUAUGAUUUCCUGCAUGCCACACCUCCAAUGGCGCCUCUGGACUUCAUGGUGGGCCAGCCCAUCUCUGACCAGCUGGGAUGGGUGGAUGUGGACCCCAAGACACUCCAACACAAGAAAUAUGCCAAUAUAUUCUCACUGGGGGACUGUAGCAGUGUACCAACCAGUAAGACAGCAGCAGCAGUGGCCGCAGAGUCUCGUGUCCUCAAAAGAAACCUUCUGGAGGUGGUAAAGGGAGGAUCACCUCGUCUCGAGUAUGAUGGCUACACAUCGUGUCCCCUGAUAACCAGCAUGGACAAGGCAAUCCUGGCAGAGUUUGACUUCAAUGUCAUGCCACUGGAGACCUUCCCCAUUGACCAGGGCCCACCGCGUCGCUGGGUCUACCGUCUCAAGAAAGACUUCAUGCCUGGACUCUACUGGCACAUGCUGCUCAGAGGAUGGUGGGGAGGUCCGGGAUUUGCCAGGAAACUCAUGCAUCUUGGAGACCACUCCAAAUGACUGGACACUCUGACACAAUGCAUGUCACAUCCCAUUGAACUCUUCUUCGUUGGUUGACUUUUUACUUUUGAAAUUGAGUGAAAAUUUUUGAGUGUU